AUGACUACCUUUGACUUCUCCGACGUGGAAGCGUUUUUGGACUGCCACCCGGACCUCUUUGAGGAGUAUGUCGUGCGUAAAGGAAAAUCCGAUACAGUGAGCAGGUGGUUGAAGGACCAACAGCCGCCCAAAGUCUCCCUAGCCGAGGAAAAGCGUGGCGGAGUGGCCAGGGACCCCCUCUGGCCGACCAACACUGACGGUCUCCGGCGCCGCUCCUCCCACAUGGAGCUCCGACGGAACUUCGCCCGGUCCAAAGCCACCACCACGCACAGAACCUACGACGAGCACGCCAGUCACAGGGAACACGAUGAUUCCCAGUCCAGCAUGAGACGCCGCGCGCUGCUGCGCAAAGCUAGUUCCUUGCCGCCAACCACCGGGCACAUUCUGAGCGCCCUUCUCGAAUCCAGGGUCAAUGUGCCCCAGUAUGCUUCCAGUGCCAUCGACUACAAAUACAGACUGAAGGAGACCAACGAGAGGGAGUUCUUCCUUGAGUUGGUGAAAGAUGUCUCCAAUGACCUGGACAUGACCAACCUGAGUUAUAAGAUCCUAAUCAAUGUGUGUAUCCUGGUGGAUGCGGAUAGGUGCUCGCUGUUCCUAGUUGAGGGACCCUCUCACAAGAGAACGCUCGUGUCUAAGUUAUUCGAUGUGCACUCGGGCACCACGGUGCUACCCUCCUCGAGCACUCUGAACUCUAACGAGGUGCAGGUGCCGUGGGGAAAGGGCAUCAUCGGAUACGUGGCAGAGCAUGGGGAGACUGUAAACAUACCCAAUGCAUAUGAGGUAAACAUUAUCCAUUUGGAAACAUCAGGUUUCCUAAAUUAGACCUAUCACUGCAAACCCUAAAUGCAAAAUUCGAAUAUUUCAUUUUUAUUCAAUGCUAUUAUUGGGAUAUAGAAACGAAAUACCAUUAAAUUAAAAGUGUGUGAAUCCUCUAUGGAUACAGUGCCUUCAGAAAGUAUUCACACCCCUUGACUUUUUUCACAUUUUGUUGUGUUACAAAGUGGGAUUAAAAUUGAUUUAACUGUCUUUUUUUUGUCAACGAUCUACAGAAAAUACUCUGUAAUGUCAAAGUGGAAGAAAAAAUCUGAAACGGCAUCCUAUCAGUCUCUCUCUCUCUCUACAUAACCUGAAGAACUGUCUGCUCCGGAGCACAUCAUGAAUUGACUUGGUAACUCCAGUUAUCCUGAUAUUCUUCUGAUUAUUUUUAAGGUCUUGAAAAUUAUAAUUCCACUUUGACAUUAUGGGGUAUUGUGUGUAGGCCAGUGACACAAAUAAUCUAAAUGUAAUCCGUUUUAAAUGCAGGCUGUAACACCAUUUUUUAGGGAAAAAGUCAAGGGGUGUGAAUCAGGACACAGCUUUCAUCCACACAUCAUCACCAUGACAAUUAUUGUAGCAAAAAUAUUAUGGGUAAUUAUUACAAUUACAUCAAAGAAAAUACAGCCCAUCCACCAUCGUUUCCUCCAUAGACAGGGAUAUGAAAACCAUGGACAUUUAAUUCCCUGCAAGGCUGCAAGCUCCAUCUCUCUCCGUCACUGGAGUCCCACCCACCAGUUGCGCGCGCUAUACAUCAUUAUAUCCUGUCGAUGGGCGCCUCGCGAGGCAAAGGCAACAAGUUGACGUCGGUCCGGCCUCGUGGGGUCUAUUACUGCAAUGAGUGCGCGUACAUGUCAACUUAGAGACACUGUCGGGAACUAGGCUACUGGCGGGAUCUAGGCAACCAGGAAUAGAGCCGCCUCGUGUGAUUUUGACAGAUAUUAAGCCCAGUCCUGGGACCCAGUGGACCAAUUUAUUUGACCUGUGUCCGUCCCAAAUGGCACCAUAUUCCCUUCAUAGUGCACUACUUUUGAAAAAUAUAGUGCAGGCCCUGGUUAAAAGUAGUGCACUAGAUGGGCAGUAGGGCCUCAUUUGGGAUACAAUUUUGGAUUAAUAGCAAUAAGGUAUACAGGUAACUGUCGAAAUAAAGGAAACACUUGAGUAAAUGAGGGAUACAAGUAUAUUGAAACCAGGUGUGAUAGCUGAGUUAAUUAAGCAAUUAACAUCCCAUAAUGCUUAGGGUCAUGUAUAAAAAUGCCCAGCUGCCCAUUAUUUUGGCUACCAUGGCUAGAAGAAGAGAUCUCAGUGACUUUGAAAGAGGGGUCUCAAAGGAGUAUAGGGGGUUUUAAAGGGAGUGUGUGUGUGUGUGUGUGUGUAUGUAUGUGUGUGUGUCUGUCUGUCUGUCUCAGUCCGUCUCAGUCCCCAGAUCUCAACCGAAUUGAACACUUAUGAGAGAUUCUGGAGCGGCGCCUGAGACAGCGUUUUUCACCACCAUCAACAAAACUCCAAAUUAUGGAAUUGUCGUGGAUGAAUUUUAAAAAAUUGAAAUAAUGUUGUAUUGUCACAUGCACCUGGAUAGUUGCAGUGAAAUGUGUUGUUUUACAGGGUCAGCCAUAGUAGUACGGCGCCCCUGGAGCAAAUGAGGGUUAAGUGCCUUGCUCAACAGCAAAUCGACAGAUUUUCCACCUUGUUGGCUUGGGUAUUGGAACCAGCCACCUUUCGGUUACUGGCCCAACGCCCUCCAAUAGAGUUCCAGACACUUGUAGAAUCUAUGCCAAGGCUCAUUGAAGCUGUUCAUGGCCCAAAACCCUAUUAAGACACUUUAUGUUGGUGUUUCCUAUAUUUUGGCAGUUACCUGUAGGUCUGUGGUGCACUGCACGCUGCACAUGAGAACACCAUUUAGCGCUUGCUGCGGUGCUGUAGGCUACUUUAACACAGUGUUUUGAUCAAUACUAACUAGGCUACAGUCAUUCUCUAAAACCUCUAACCUCCAUUCUCUAAAGAAUGAAUGAUCUUUCCUCCCAUCAAAUCUAUUCUGUUGGUUCAGGUUGAUUUCUGAAUUCAAAAACAAUGUGUGCAAGUGUUAUUAGUAUGUGUGUGUGUACAGAAUUUGUGACAUUUCCUCUCCUAUACGUCUCGUCCUGUAGGACCAUCGGUUCAGUGAUGAGAUAGACAAGCUGACCGGCUAUAAGACCCAGUCCAUCCUGUGUAUGACCAUCUGUAACAGUGAUGGAGAGGUCAUAGGGGUUGUGCAGGCCAUCAACAAGAACCCUAUUGGAACACCUUUUACUGAGGACGAUGAGAAGGUCAGAGUUCAAAAUACUAUUUGAAAUAAUUUCAAAUACUUUAGCUGGGCUUGAUUGGUAGUCGUAAAACUAAACUUCCUAUACAAUGAGAAUUCAUUAUUGUCACUGACAGCAUCUCCACUACCUCCACCAGAGGGAGAUCAGUGUUAUUGUCUCAGAACCAAGCUUUUUUGUUUUAGCUGGAAGAUUAUUAUUUCACAUACAGGACUAUCAAAUAAGAACUAACCCCAAUACAAAUGUUGCAGCUAUAGGGCUUUCACUAAUGUAGAUAUUUUGCACAUAUUGGUCCUGUGUAACCAUGUCCUGUCAAUUCGUUUUUUCUCUCUAAGUAGCCAGUUGAUUUUUGUUGUGUUGUCCCAAAUGGCACCCUAUUCCCAACAUGGUGCACUACUUUUGACCAGAACUCUAUGGGCCCUGGUCAAAAGUAGUGCACUACAUAGGGAAUAGGGUGAUUAAGGAAUAGCGUGCCAUUGGGAUUAGCGAUGGAGUCCUAAUUAAUUCCCACCAGGUGGCAGGAUUUAGUUAAACAAGACCGUCAACUCUUUCAACACUUUAUGCAUUAGAAGUUCAAAAGAGUGAUAGAUACAGACUCAUUUAUAUGAAGAAGUGCAAUUCUUGGCAACCCCUUGUUAUGCAUGCUAUUUGUGAUGCAUGCUAUUUGCAAAUCUGUUUGAACCUACUCUUUGUGGGAAAUGGCAGCACAUAUCAAAGAGUUGGGUUGAGACAUAGGUUUAGUGUGUGUUGGAAAAUAGGUCUAGGUCUGCUGUCUUUGAAUGGCCGACCGUCUGUUUAACAGAAAACCAAUUAAAAAAGACUCAAUCUUACUUAUGUGACUGCUUGCUGUCUAGCACAUUCAGAAGACCUACUUAAUACAUGAGUCAUUCCUUUACUAAGUCAAUACUCCAUUAAGAGGAAAGCAACCAGGUGUGUUAAUAGACGUUGAAGAAAAGAAGAACGCUAUCAAGGGUAAACUAGCCACCUACACACACACACACAUACACACACACACACACACACACACACACACACACACACACAGAUAAACUAGAUGGCCAAAGAAGUUUGUUCAAUACCACUGAUGGAUUUUGUGGCUUGGCUGUUUUGAAGGAACACAUUACAGUUGAGAUCAGACUGCAACCACUGAAUUAUAGAUGUUGUUUUUCCUUUUUAUCAUUUAGCCUCAGAACUAUAACUAUUUUUCUCUUCUCCUUUGCUUUCCCCCAUCAGGUGCUGCAGAUGUAUCUACCGUUUUGCGGAAUAUCCAUCUCCAAUGCCAAGUUGUUUUCAGAGUCUCGGAAGGAGUAUGAGAGGAGCAGAGUGAGUUGGCUCAUACUCUCUUAGAAAAAAGGGUUUCAAAAGGGUUCUUCGGCUGUCCCCAUAGGAGAACCCUUUUUGGUUCCAGGUAGAACCCUUUUGGGUUCCAUGUAGAACUCUCUGUGGAAAGGGUUCUACAUGGAACCAAAAAGGGAUCUACCUUGAACCAAAAAUGGUUAUUUAAAGGGUUCUCCUAUGGGGACAGCUGAAGAACCCUUUUAGGUUCUAUAUACAGUGCAUUCGGAAAGUAUUCAGACCCCUUCACUUCUUCCACAUUUUGUUACGUUACAGCCUUAUUCUAAAAUUGAUUAAAACGUUUUUUUCCCCCUCAUCAAUCUGCACACAAUACCCCAUAAUGACAAAGCAAAAACGGAAAUAUCACAUUUACAUAAGUAUUCAGACCCUUUACUCAGUACUUUGUUGAAGCACCUUUGGCAGUGAUUACAGACUCAAAUCUUCUUGGGUACGACGCUACAAGCUUGGCACACCUGUAUUUGGGGAGUUUCUCCCAUUCAUCUCUGCAGAUCCUCUCAAGCUCUGUCAGGAUGAGAUGGGAAGCUUCGCUGCACAGCUAUUUUCAGGUCUCUCCAGAGAUGUUUCAUCGGGUUCAAGUCCGGGCUCUGGCUGGGCCACACAAGGACAUUCAGAGACUUGUCCCGAAGCCACUCCUGCGUUGUCUUGGCUGUGUGCUUAGGGUUGUUGUCCUGUUGGAAGGUGAACCUUCACCCCAGUCUGAGGUCCUGAGUGCUCUGGAGCAGGUUUUCAUCAAGGAUCUCCCUGUACUUUGCUCCGUUAACCUUUCCCUCGAUCUUGACUAGUCUCCCAGUCCCUGCCGCUGAAAAACAUCCUCACAUCAUGAUGCUGCCACCACCAUGCUUCCCCGUAGGGAUGGUAUUGGCCAGGUGAUGAGCGGUGCCUGUUUCCUCCAGACGUGACACUUGGCAUUCAGGCCAAAGAGUUCAAUCUUGGUUUCAUCAGACCAGAGAAUCUGGUUUCUCAUAGUCUGAGAGUCCUUUAGGUGCCUUUUGGUAAACUCCAAGCGGGCUGUCAUGUGCCUUUUACUGAGGAGUGGCUUCAUUCUGGCCACUCUACCAUAAAGGCCUGACUGGUGGAAAGCUGCAGAGAUGGUUGUCCUUCUGGAAGGUUCUCCCAUCUCCACAGAGGAACUUGGGAGCUCUGUCAGAGUGACCAUCGGGUUCUUGGUCACCUCCCUGACCAAGGCCCUUCUCACUGAUUGCUCAGUUUGGCCGGGCAGCAAGCUCUUGGAAAAGUCUUGGUGGUUCCAAAGUUCUUCCAUUUAAGAAUGAUGGAGGCCACUGUGUUCUUGGAGACCUACAAUGCUGCAGACAUUUUUUGGUACACUUCCCCAGAUCUGUGCCUCAACACAAUCCUGUCUCGGAGCUCUACGGACAAUUCCUUCGACCUCAUGGCUUGGUUUUUGCUCUGACAUGCACUGUAAACUGUGGGACCUUAUAUAGACAGGUAUGUGCCUUUCCAAAUCAUGUCCAAUCAAUUGAAUUUACCACAGGUGGACUACAUUCAAGUUGUAGAAACAUCUCAAGGAUGAUCAAUGGAAACAGGAUGCACCUGAGCUCAAUUUCGAGUCUCAUAGCAAAGGGUCUGAAUACUUAUGUAAAUACUGUCUUUUAAGUUUUAUAAAUUUGCAAACAUUUCUAAAACCCUGUUUUCGCUUUAUCAUUAUGGGUUAUAAUGUGUAGAUUGAUGCAGAUUUUUAUUUAAUUAAUCAAUUUUAGAAUACAGCUGUAACGUAACAAAAUGUGGAAAAGGUGAAGGGGUCUGAAUACUUUCCGAAUGCACUGGAGCACCUUUUUUUGUCUCUUACAUAGUCUGUCUGUCUCUCACAUAGUCUGUCUGUCUCUCACAUAGCCUGUCUGUCUCUCACAUAGUCUGUCUGUCUCUCACAUAGCCUGUCUGUCUCUCACAUAGUCUGUCUGUCUCUCACAUAGUAUGUCUGUCUCUCACAUAGCCUUUAUGUCUCUCACAUAGCCUGUCUGUCUCUCACAUAGUCUGUCUGUCGCUCACAUAGUCUGUCUGUCUCUCCAAUAGUCUGUCUGUCUCUCACAUAGUCUGUCUGUCUCUCACAUAGUCUGUCUGUCUCUCACAUAGCCUGUCUGUCUUUCACAUAGCCUCUCUGUCUCUCACAUAGCCUGUCUGUCUCUCACAUAGCCUGUCUGUCUCUCACAUAGUCUGUCUGUCUCUCACAUAGCCUGUCAGUCUCUCACAUAGCCUCUCUUUCUCUCACAUAGCCUGUCUGUCUCUCACAUAGCCUGUAUGUCUCUCACAUAGCCUCUCUGUCUCUCACAUAGCCUGUCUGUCUCUCACAUAGUCUGUCUGUCUCUCACAUAGCCUGUCUGUCUCUCACAUAGCCUCUCUGUCUCUCACAUAGCCUGUCUGUCUCUCACAUAGCCUGUAUGUCUCUCAACGAUAGGAGCAGAAAGAGUGGGCUCACAUAGCCAGUCACUACACCGUUCUCCAGAUACUCUCUCUCUCAAUUUCUUAGACAAAUAGAGAGAGUGGUCAGUGUUGUUGUUGUGCUCCCCCAGGCUCUGCUAGAGGUGGUGAAUGACCUGUUUGAGGAGCAGACAGACCUGGAGAAGAUAGUGAGGAAGAUCAUGCAGAGAGCUGUGACCCUGCUGCAGUGUGAACGCUGCUCUGUGUUGCUGCUGGAGGACAUACACUCACCUGUGAGACUGACCUCUCCCCUCUUCUCCUCUGCCUCCUUCUCCCGGCUCCUCUCACCUCCUCUCCUCUGCUUCCUUCUCCCGGCUCCUCUCACCUCCUCUCCUCUGCUUCCUUCUCCCGGCUCCUCUCACCUCCUCUCCUCUGCUAAACAAUACACUCACCUGUCAACAAUAGACCUCAUCUCCUCCUCUAUUUUCCUCAUUUCUCCUUCCUUCUGUUUUCCCUCCAAUUCUUCCCUCUCCAACAUCCUCCCUUUCCAAUUCUUCCCUCACCAAUUCUUCCCUCAACAAUUCUUCCCUCUCCAAUUCUUCCCUUUCCAAUUCUAUGUCUUUUAUGUAGGUGGUAAAGUUCUCUAAGACCUUUGAGCUCAUGUCUCCCCUGUGUAACAUGGACCGUGACAUCAGGUGAAGUCCUCGCUGCUUGGGACAAGAUAUUUUAAUAGUUAUACAUACAGUUGAAGUCGGAAGUUUACAUACACCUUAGCCAAAUACAUUUAAACUUAGUUUUUCACAAUUCCUGACAUUUAAUCCUAGUAAAAAUUAGGACAGUUAGGAUCACCACUUUAUUUUAAGAAUGUGAAAUGUCAGAAUAAUAGUAUAGAGAAUUAUUUAUUUAAGCUUUUAUUUCUUUCAUCACAUUCAUCAGAAGUUUACACUCAUUUAGUAUUUGGUAGCAUUGCCUUUAAAUUGUUUAACUUGGGUCAAACGUUUCGGGUAGCCUUCCACAAGCUUCCCACAAUAAAUUGGGUGAAUUUUGGCCCAUUCCUCCUGACAGAGCUGGUGUAACUGAGUCAGGUUUGUAGGCGUCCUUGCUCGCACACGCUUUUUCAGUUCUGCCCACAAAUGUUCUAUUGGAUUGAGGUCAGGGCUUUGUGAUGGCCACUCCAAUACCUUGACUUUGUUGUCCUUAAGCCAUUUUGCCACAACUUUGGAAGUAUUCUUGGGGUCAUUGUCCAUUUGGAAGACCCAUUUGCGACCAAGCUUUAACUUCCUGACUGAUGUCUUGAGAUGUUGCUUCAAUAUAUCCACAUCCUUUUCGUUCCUCAUGAUGCCAUCUAUUUUGUGAAAUGCACCAGUCCCUCCUGCAGCAAAGCACCCCCACAGCAUGAUGCUGCCACCCCAGUGCUUCACGGUUGGGAUGGUGAUCUUUGUCUUGCAAUGAACCCCCUUUUUCCUCCAAACAUAACGAUGGUCAUUAUGGCCAAACAGUUAUAUUUUUGUUUCAUCAGACCAGAGGACAUUUCUCCAAAAAGUACGAUCUUUGUCCCCAUGUGCAGUUGCAAACCGUAGUCUGGCUUUUUUAUGGCGGUUUUGGAGCAGUGGCUUCUUCCUUGCUGAGCGGCCUUUCAGGUUAUGUCGAUAUAGGACUCGUUUUACUGUGGAUAUAGAUACUUUUGUACAUGUUUCCUCCAGCAUCUUCACAAGGUACUUUGCUGUUGUUCUGGGAUUGAUUUGCACUUUUUCGCACCAAAGUACGUUCAUCUCUAGGAGACAGAACGCGUCUCCUUCCUGAGCGGUAUGACGGCUGCGUGGUCCCAUGGUGUUUAUACUUGCGUACUAUUGUUUGUACAGAUGAACGUGGUACCUUCAGGCGUUUGGAAAUUGCUCCCAAGGAUGAACCAGACUUGUGGAGGUCUACAAUUCUUUUCUGAGGUCUUGGUUGAUUUCUUUUGAUUUUCCCAUGAUGUCAAGCAAAGAGGCACUGAGUUUGAAGGUAGGCCUUGAAUACAUCCACAGGUACACCUCCAAUUGAUUCAAAUUAUGUUAAUUAGCCUAUCAGAAGCUUCUAAAGCCAUGACAUCAUUUUCUGGAAUUUUCCAAGCUGUUUAAAGGCACAGUCAACUUAGUGUAUGUAAACUUCUGACCCACUGGAAUUGUGAUACAGUGAAUUAUAAGUGAAAUAAUCUGUCUGUAAACAAUUGUUGGAAAAAUUACUUGUGUCAUGCACAAAGUAAAUGUCCUAACCGACUUGCCAAAACUAUAGUUUGUUAACAAGAAUGUGUGGAGUGGUUGAAAAACGAGUUUUAAUGACUCCAACCUAAGUGCAUGUAAACAUCCGACUUCAAUUGUAACAAUUGAUAGGAAAGACUGACAUCUGCCUGUAACCCCAAUCCAUGUAUUUAGCAUUUCUUGAGAGUGUGUGUCUCUUUGACAAAGUCAGCAUGGAGAAGCUGUCCUGCUCUGAUUGGCUGAUCAAUAACAGCAUUGCUGAACUGGUGGCGUCCACAGGACUGCCUGUCAACAUCAGUGACGUCUGUCAGGACCCCCGCUUCGAUGCUGAGGUGUGGCACCAAUCACUCACAAUCACACACCCACACGGACACACACACACACACACUUUUGGACACACACGUUCGCACACACACACGCAGGCACGCACGUACAGACGUAGGAUCUUAAUUUGAGCCAGUUUGCUACAGCAGGAAAAUAAUCCUGAAGAAACAGGAAAUGUGAAUUAUUAUGUGGAUUAUAAUUAAUGGAAAUGUUUUGUAGGGGUUGAUACAUUUUUAGUUCCUGACAAUCCUGAAAUGUUAAAGUGGAAAUUACAAACUUUAAAAGCUUUUUAAAAACUUGAAUACACUACAGGUUUGCAUUUCCUUCUGUGCAGGAACAUUCUCAGCAACAAAAGAGUGACUCAAUUAAGACCCUACAUCUGUAUGCGCACACGCACACACACGCACAUACAUGCACAUACACGCACACCCACCACACACCACACACACACCACACACACUCAGAUGCGUGGGCGUGCACACACAGUAACAUUCCACUCCGUACUCCCCAGGCAGAUCAAGCCUCAGGAUUCCACAUCAGAUCAGUACUGUGUGUCCCCAUCUGGAACCGGACUCAUCAGAUAAUAGGUGGGUUCACCAGUCUGUUCACCAAUCCACUGUCACUUGAAAACCACUCUGUCUUUUUACCUUUCUACUAUUCCACCCAUUCAAUUAUCAUUAACAAAUAUUGAUGUAUUUUCUGCACUGUUCUAAGGGGUUGCCCAGAUUCUAAAUCGCCUGGACAGGAGGACAUUCAAUGAUGCAGAUCAAAGACUGUUUGAGGUGAUGACUGAGGGUCUAUCUAUAUCUAUAUUUAUAUCUAGAUCUGUGUUACAGUAGAUAUUAGAGACCUGCCCUCUCGACUGAGGGUCUAUCUAUAGCUAUAUCUGUAUUACAGUAGAUAUUAGAAACUUGCCCUCUAGACUGAGGGUCUAUCUAUAUCUGUAUUACAGUAGAUAUUAGAAACCUGCUCUCUCGACUGAGGUUCUAUCUAUAGCUAUAUCUGUAUUACAGUAGAUAUUAUAAACCUGUUUUAUUGUUAGAACAUUGUUCUACCCUGUGUCUCCACACAGGCGUUUGUCAUAUUCUGUGGGCUGGGAAUCAACAACACCAUGAUGUACAACCAAGUGAAGAAGACCUGGGCCAAGCAGUCUGUGGCCCUGGAUGUGAGCAUUGAUAGGUUGCGUCCCAAAUGGUCAAAAGUAGCGCAAUAUAAAGGGCAUAGGGUGCCAUUUGGGACUGACCCGUGUAUUCUUCUCCCCUCACUCUCUAGGCGUUUAGGAUUAUUUUUUUUAUGUGUCUUUCCUAAACAAACACUCGCACUUGACUUUCCCCCCUACUAGCACUGACUUUACUGAUAGCUACUAGCACUGACUUUACUGAUAGUUACUAGCACUGACUUUACUGAUAGUUACUAGCACUGACUUUACUGAUAGCUACUAGCACUGACUUUACUGAUAGCUACUAGCACUGACUUCACUGAUAGCUACUAGACUUUACUGAUAGUUACUAGCACUGACUUUACUGAUAGCUACUAGCACUGACUUUACUGAUAGCUACUAGCACUGACUUUACCGAUAGCUACUAGCACUGACUUUACUGAUAGCUACUAGCACUGACUUUACCGAUAGCUACUAGCACUGACGUUACUGAUAGCUACUAGCACUAACUUUACUGAUAGCUACUAGCACUGACUUUACUGAUAACUACUAGCACUGACUUUACUGAUAGCUACUAGCACUGACUUUACUGAUAGCUACUAGCACUGACUUUACUGAUAGCUACUAGCUCUGACUUUACUGAUAGUUACUAGCACUGACUUUACUGAUAGUUACUAGCACUGACUUUACUGAUAGCUACUAACACUGACUUUACUGAUAGUUACUAGCACUGACUUUACUGAUAGCUACUAGCACUGACUUUACCAAUAGCUACUAGCACUGACUUUACUGAUAGCUACUAGCUCUGACUGUACUGAUAGCUACUAGCACUGACUUUACUGAUAGCUACUAGCUCUGACUUUACUGAUAGUUACUAGCACUGACUUUACUGAUAGUUACUAGCACUGACUUUACUGAUAGCUACUAGCACUAACUUUACUGAUAGUUACUAGCACUGACUUUACUGAUAGUUACUAGCACUGACUUUACUGAUAGUUACCAGCACUGACUUUACUGAUAGCUACUAGCACUAACUUUACUGAUAGUUACUAGCACUGACUUUACUGAUAGUUACUAUCACUGACUUUACUGAUAGCUACUAGCACUGACUUUACUGAUAGUUACUAGCUCUGACUUUACUGAUAGUUACAGGCACUGACUUUACUGAUAGCUACUAGCUCUGACUUUACUGAUAGUUACUAGCAUUGACUUUACUGAUAGUUACUAGCACUGACUUUACUGAUAGCUACUAGCACUGACUUUACUGAUAGCUACUAGCACUGACUUUACUGAUAGCUACUAGCACUGACUUUACUGAUAGCUACUAGCACUGACUUUACUGAUAACUACUAGCACUGACUUUACUGAUAGCUACUAGCACUGACUUUACUGAUAGUUACUUUCACUGACUUUACUGAUAGUUACCAGCACUGACUUUACUGAUAGCUACUAGCUCUGACUUUACUGAUAGCUACUAGUACUGACUUUACUGAUAGCUACUAGCACAUACUUUACUGAUAGCUACUAGCUCUGACUUUACUGAUAGUUACUAGCACGGACUUUACUGAUAGUUACUAGCACUGACUUUACUGAUAGCUACUAACACUGACUUUACUGAUAGUUACUAGCACUGACUUUACUGAUAGCUACUAGCACUGACUUUACUGAUAGCUACAAGCUCUGACUUUACUGAUAGUUACUAGCAUUGACUUUACUGAUAGUUACUAGCACUGACUUUACUGAUAGCUACUAGCACUAACUUUACUGAUAGUUACUAGCACUGACUUUACAGAUAAUUAAUAUCACUGACUUUACUGAUAGCUACUAGCACUGACUUUACUGAUAGUUACUAGCUCUGACUUUACUGAUAGUUACUGGCACUGACUUUACUGAUUGCUACUAGCACUGACUUUACUGAUAGCUACUAUCACUGACUUUACUGAUAGCUACUAGCUCUGACUUUACCGAUAGCUACUAACACUGAUUUUACUGAUAGAUACUAGCACUGACUUUACUGAUAGUUACUAGCACUGACUUUACUGAUAGUUACUAGCUCUGACUUUACUGAUAGCUACUAGCUCUGACUUUACUGAUAGUUGCUAGCACUGACUUUACUGAUAGUUACUAGCACUGACUUUGCUGAUAAUUACGUUAUUGAGGAAAAUGUACUUACUAUGACUGAGAUAUGUGGUUGUCCCACCUAGAUAUCUUAAGAUGAUUGCACUAACUGUAAGUCGCUGCACUAACUCUAAGUCGCUCUGGAAGACAGCGUCUGGUAAAUGACUAAAAUGUAAAUGUUAGCUAGCUAUAUGAUUUUAGAGUCUAGUUGUUGGGCUUUGGGCUCCACUGUCUGUCUGUCUGUCUGUUUGUCUGAAUGUAUGGUCCUCAGAGUGCUUUAUGAAACAGUGGAGGUAAUGUGGUUAAACCGCAUAUCAGACUUGAUGACAGGCGAUAUACCAGUAUAGUUUUACUCCUGACAUUUUUUGCAGUGUGCAAUCGUUUUGUGACAGCAUCUCCUCUUUGGAAAUACUGAAAAUAACUGAAAUAUUUAUGGUGGGAGAGCAGAACCCUGUGUGCUGAAUAUAAAUGUGAAUGAUCGGCUCGGGCAGUAGAGGAUCAUACUGUAAAAUGCAGUCAUGAGUAGUGUGAAGAAGACAAUAUUGAGUCUGUGGCUGCAUCCCCAAUGGCAUCCUAUUCCCUAUAUAGUGCAUUACUUUGCGCCAGAGCCCAUAUCAUCAUGCAUGUCCCACACUCACCUGCAGGGGGCCAGAGAGGUUCAUGAGCAGAGAGAGAGAGAGAGAGAGAGAGAGAGAGAGAGAGAGAGAGAGAGAGAGAGAAGAGAGAGAGAGGAGAGAGAGAGAGAGAGAGAGAGAGAGAGAGAGAGAGAGAGAGAGAGAGAGAGAGAGAGGGAGAUUGGAGAGGACCAUGAGAUCAAUGAUGAUGUUUUCUCCUCCCUCAGAUGCUGUCCUAUCACGCCACAUGCUCCAAGGUAGAGGUGGACAGACUCAAGGUAUGUCUGAGAGUUACAUUACAUGUAGAAGAAAUAGGAAAAUAACCACUACAAAACUACAAGAUAGUAAUCGAAACAGGUGUCCAUGUAGAACUCACCUAGUUACUUGCCCAGGGGUGUAUUCAAUAGGAACCACAGUUCACCUACUAGGACGCUCAAUAUUCACCCUCACGUUCUACUCACUCAGGCUGCUAAGAUCCCUCUGAGCAGUGAGCUGGGUAUCGAAGAGUUCCACUUCAACGACUUCUCAUUGGACAACGAUGCCAUGAUCACUGCCUCCCUCCGGAUGUUUCUGGAACUCGGAGCCGUCCAGAAGUUUAAGAUUGACUAUGACGUGAGUGAGGUCAACAAUGAGGUCAACAAUGAGGUCAACAAUGAGGGAUAAUGGAGAGGCUUUCAUAUUUCUCUCCAGGGUUGGAAAAUUCCAGCAACUUUUCCAAAAUCCCUAGGCUUUCCAGAAAUCCUGGUUGGAGUAUAGUAGAGUUCCUGGUUAUUCUGUCCUGAUUCCAGGAAUCUUCCAACUGGGGUUUCUGUAAAUCUUGGGAAUUUUGGGAGUACCGAAAUUUUGCAACCCUAUUUAUCUUAUUUUUGAAUAACUCUCUUGGUGACAUCUUACAGUAACACCUGAUAUGAGAACAACAGCAAAACAAACAUUGAUUCCUUAUGAUUGUCCCUCCUCCCUCUCAGGUCCUGUGUCGCUGGCUGUUGACGGUGAGGAAGAACUAUCGCACGGUGGCAUACCAUAACUGGAGGCAUGCCUUCAACGUGUGCCAGUGCAUGUUCGUCAUGAUCACAGUGAGUCAACACAAUGAAAAAUGCUCUAUGUACACACUUAGAAAAUAGGGUUCCUCAAGGGUUCUUUGGUAAGGUUGAUGGUUCUAUGUGGAACCGAACCUUAAUGACUCAAAGAUCCUGUUGAGCCCUUCAAUGGUUCAUUGCAGUUCAGGAAAGGGUUCUUUCAUCUUUUAGUGAUAAUAGAAAUGUAGGGGCGUGGUUUGCUCAAAGCUCUUUUUGUGUAACCGUGAGUGAGGGUGUCAUUCCAGUUUAUCUAAUCUGUUGUGUUAUAUCAUUACAUGUCAAAUUUGACUAUGGCCAGUAACAGUGUCUUGCAAAAGACUCACGUAAGGCCUUGUGUCAAUUGAGAACUGUUGACUAAGUCAGACGAUCUCAAUUCUCUCCUCAGGGACCCCCAGCUGUUCCAGAGCUAGCACACCUGAUUCAUCUUGUGAAUUAACACUGACUAACCAGAAUAUAACACCAUGUAUGGCUCUUCAAAAGGUUCUUUGUAGAACCUUUGAGAUUGAGAAUGGUUCUAUAAAGAACCUUUCUCCAUAAAGGUUCUAUAAAGAACCAUUAAAAAGCGUUCUCAAUAGCACCAAAAAUUGUUGUAAGCAUAGCGGAACCCUUUUUGGUGCUACAUAUAACCUUAUUUUAAUGGUUCUUUGUAGAACCUUAGGAAAGGGUUAUAGCACCAUAAAGAUUCAAUUUAAAACCUUAUGAACAUGGUUCUUUAUAGAACAUUCAAAAAAGGGUUCUACACUGCCUUCAUCAAGUAUUCACACCCCUUGACUUUUUCCACAUUUUGUUGUGUUACAGCCUGAAUUUAAAAUUGAUUAAAUUAAGAUUUUGUGUCACUUGCCUACACACAAUACCCCAUAAUGUCAAAGUGGAGUUAUGUUUUUUGAAACUUUUAGAAAUUAAUAAAACAUUGAAGGCUGAAAUGUCUUGAGUCAAUAAGUAUUCAACCCCUUUGUUAUGGCAAGCCUAAAUAAGUUCAGGAGUAAAAAUGUGCUUAACAAGUCACAUAAUAAGUUGCAUGGACUCACUCUGUGUGCAAUACUAGUGUUUAACAUGAUUUUUUAAUGACUACCUCAUCUCUGUACCCCACACAUAUAAUUAUCUUUAAGGUCCCUCAGUCGAGCAGUGAAUUUCAAACACAGAUUCAGCCACAAAGACCAGGGAGGUUUUCCAAUGCCUCGCAAAGGGCACCUAUUAGUAGAUGGGUAAAAAAAAAGAAGACAUUGAAUAUCCCUUUGAGCAUGGUGAAGUUAUUAAUUACACUUUGGAUGGUGUCUCAAUACACCCAGUCACUACAAAGAUACAUGCAUUCUUCCUAACUCAAUUGCCGGAGAGGAAGGAAACCGCUCAGGGAUUUCACCAUGAGGCCAAUGGGGACUUUACAGAGUUUAAAGGCUCCACAAUACUAACCUAAAUGGCAGAGUGAAAAGAAGGAAUCCUGUACAGAAUAAAACAUAUUCCAAAACAUGCACCCUGUUUGCAAUAAUGCACUAAAGUAAAACUGCAAAAAAUGUGGCAUGAACUUUAUGUCCUGAAUACGAAGCGUUAUGUUUGGGGGCAAAUCCAACACAACACAUCACUGAGUACCACUGACAUCCAAUCAAUUAUUAUUAUUAAUUAUCCAUAAAGUUCAUAUUUUCAAGCAUGGUGGUGGCUGCAUCAUGUUAUGGGUAUACUUGUCAUCGGCAAGGACUAGGUAGUUUUUUAGGAUAAAAACAAACGGAAUAGAGCUAAGCACAGGCAAAAUCCUAGAGGAAAACCUGGUUCAGUCUGCUUUCCAACAGACACUGGGAAUCAAAUUCACCUUUGAGCAGGACAAUAACCUAAAACACUAUGUCAAAUAUACACUAGAAUUGCUUACCAAUACGACAUUGAAUGUUCCUGAGUGGCCUAACUUUUGACUUAAAUUGGCUUGAAAAACUAUGGCAAGACUUGAAAAUGGCUGUCUAGCAAUGAUCAACAACCAGCUUGACAGAGCUUGAAUAAUUUAAAAAAGAAUAAUGUGCAAAUAUUGUACAAUCCAGGUUUGCAAAGCUCUUAGAGACUUACCCAGAAAGACUCACAGCUGUAAUCGCUGCCAAAGGUGUUUCUAACAUGUAUUGACUCAGCAGUGUGAAUACUACAGUAUUUCUGUAUUUCAUUUUCAAUACAUUUGAGAGAAAAAAAUUCAUAAAAACAUGUUUCCACUUUGUUACUUGUGUGUAGCCUUAAAUGUUUUAUUAAUUUGUAAAAGUUUCAAAAAACAUAAUUCCACUUUUACAUUAUGGGGUAUUGUGUGUAGGCAAGUGACACAAAAUCUCAAUUUAAUCAAUUUUGAAUUCAGGCUGUAACACAACAAAAUGUGGAAUAAGUCAAGGGGUAUGAAUACUUUCCGAAGGCACCAAAAAGGGGUCUGGUAUGGUUGCAAGCCAAAUAACCCUUAUUUGGCCCUAUAUAAAAAAAAGAAAUGGUGUAUUGUAUAAUGAAACUGUUUUGUUCACAUUGUUCCUCAAUUUGUUUCUUCACUAAGCCGAUUAAAGUAAAAGUUAACCAAUUAAAGGAGUCAAUGGUUCUGUCCCAAAUUACCUAUUUUUUGCACCACUUUUGACAAGGGAUGGGACAAAAGUAGACUAAGUGGUACUACUUUUUCCACAUUUUGUUAUGUUACAGCCUUAUUCUAAAAUGGAUUCAAUUGUUUUUCCCCCCUCAUCAAUCUACACACAAUACCCAAUAAUGACAAAGCAAAAACUGUUUUUUCUUUCAAUUUUAGCAAAUGUAUAAAAAAAAUUAAAAAACAGCAAUAUCAUAUUUACAUAAAUAUUCAAACCCUUUACUCAGUACUUUGUUGAAGCACCUUUGGCAGCGAUUACAGCCUCGAGUCUUCUUGGGUAUGACGCUACAAGCUUGGCACACCUGUUUUUGGUGAGUUUCUCCCAUUCUUCUCUGUAGAUCCUCUCAAGCUCUGUCAGGUUGGAUGCACAGCUAUUUUCAGGUCUCUCCAGAGAUGUUCAAUCGGGUUCGUCUGGGCUCUGGCUGGGCCACUCAAGGAUAUUCAGAGACUUGUCCCGAAUCCACUCCUGCAUUAUCUUGGCUGUGUGCUUAGGGUCGUUGUCCUGUUGGAAGGUGAACCUUCACCCCAGUCUGAGGUCCUGAGCACUCUGGAGCAGGUUUUCAUCAAGGAUCUCUCUGUACUUUGCUCCGUUAAUCUUUCCCUCAAUCCUGACUAGUCUCCCAGUCCCUGCCACUGAAAAACAUCCCCACAGCAUGAUGCUGCCACCACCAUGCUUCACCGUAGGGAUGGUGCCAGGUUUCCUCCAGACGUGACGCUUGGCAUUCAGGCCAAAGAGUUCAAUCUUGGUUUCAUCAGACCAGAGAAUCUUGUUUCUCAUGGUCUGACAGCCUUUUGGCAAACUCCAAGCGGGCUGUCAUGUGCCUUUUACUGAGGAGUGGCUUCCGUCUGGCCACUCUACCAUAAAGGUCUGAUUGGUGGAGUGCUGCAGAGAUGGUUGUCCUUCUGGAAGAUUCUCCAAUCUCCACAGAGGAACCUUAGAGCUCUGUCAGAGUGACCAUCGGGUUCUUGGUCACCUCCCUGACCAAGGCCCUUCUCCCCCGAUUGCUCAGUUUGGCCGGGCGGCCAGCUUUAGGAAGAGUCUUGGAAGAGUCUUGGUGGUUCUGAACUUCUUCCAUUUAAGAAUGAUGGAGGCCACUGUGUUCUUGGGGACCUUCAAUGCUGCAUAAAUGUUUUGAUACACUCCCCAGAUCUGUGCCUCAACACAAUCCUGUAUCGGAGCUCUACGGCCAAUUCCUUCGACCUCGGCUUGGUUUUUGCUCUGACAUGCACUGUGGGACCUUAUAUCUGUGGGACCUUAUAUAGACAGGUGUGUGCCUUUCCAAAUAUUGUCCAAUCAAUUUAAUUUACCACAGAUGGACUCCAAUCAAGUUUUAGAAACAUCUCAAGGAUGGUCAAUGGAAACAGGAUGCACCUGAGCUCAAUUUCGAGUCUCAUAGCAAAGGGUCUGAAUACUUAUGUAAAUAAGGUAUAUCUGUUUUUUAUUUUUAAUAAAUAUGCAAGAAUUUCUACAAACCUGUUAUUGUUUUGUCAUUAGGGGUAUUGUGUGAUUAAAUGAGGAUUUAUUUUAUUUAUCCAUUUAGAAUAAUUCGGAACAUAACAAAAUCUGGAAAAAGGGAGGGUCGAAGAUUUUGCCAUUGGGGGCCCACAACGCGGUUCCAUAUUUCCAUACCUCCAUACUUCCAUACCUCUGUGUCCGCAGACGGUGGUUUCACCCAUACUUCCAUACCUCUGUGUCCGCAGACGGUGGUUUCCAUACCUCCAUAUUUCCCAUAACCUCUGGUGUCCGCAGACGGCUGGUUUCCAUACCUCAUCUUCCAUACCUCGUGUCCGCAGGAGGCUGGUUCCCAAAACUCCAUCUUCCAUACCUUGUGUCGCAAGAGGCUGGUUUCAUAACUCCAUACUCCAUACCCUGUGUCCGCAGAAGGGCUGGUUUUCCAUACCUCCAUACUUCACAUACCUUGUGUCCGAGACGGGCUGGUUUCCUACCUCCAUACUUCCAUACCUCUGGUGUCGCAGACGGCUGGUUUCCAUACCUCCAUACUUCCAUACCUCUGUGUCCGCAGACGGCUGGUUUCCAUACCUCCAUACUUCCAUACCUCUGUGUCCGCAGACGGCUGGUUUCCAUACCUCCAUACUUCCAUACCUCUGUGUCCGCAGACGGCUGGUUUCCAUACCUCCAUACUUCCAUACCUCUGUGUCCGCAGACGGCUGGUUUCCAUACCUCCAUACUCCAUACCUCUGUGUCCGCAGACGGCUGGUUUCCAUACCUCCAUACUUCCAUACCUCUGUGUCCGCAGACGGCUGGUUUCCAUACCUCCAUACUUCCAUACCUCUGUGUCCGCAGACGGCUGGUUUCCAUACCUCCAUACUUCCAUACCUCUGUGUCCGCAGACGGCUGGUUUCCAGGAUGUUCUGUCGGAUGCGGAGACCCUGGCAUUGAUGGUGGGUUGUCUCUGCCAUGACUUAGACCACCGUGGCACCAACAACGCCUUCCAGGCCAAGUGAGUCACCUCGGCUGAGCCCCACAGAGAAAUGUAAAAAAAAAAAAAUAUUAGUCUGAUCAACCAGUCAGUCAGUGAGUCAAUCUAUCUGCACGUCCACCUGCCUGUCCGUCCAUCUCUCUGUUAUUCAAUCAAUCAAUUAGUGCAAUCAGUUGACCGUCCCUCUGCUGCUUCCUACAGGACUGGCUCUGCUCUGGCCCUGCUCUACGGGACAUCAGCCACCCUGGAACACCAUCACUUCAACCAUGCAGUCAUGAUCCUACAGAGUGAGGUGACCUUGGCUACCAUCACCUUUACUUAAGAGCUUCCAUUUAUUGCUCAAUCUUGACAUUCACCACCCAUUUAUUACCUGAAAAUAUGUAUUUUUCUCAUGUUUUCCAACAGGGUCAUAAUAUCUUUGCCAACCUGUGUUCCAAAGAGUACAGUAGUAUGAUGCAGCUGCUGAAACAAGCCAUCCUCUCUACUGACCUCACCCUGCACUUCCAGUAAGUCUUCCAACUUCCACAUACAGUUGUAGAAGAGAUACUUGAUUUUUAUAUCUUUAAUAAUCACUACUAGCCUGGUCCCAGAUCUGUUUGUGCUCUUGCCAACUCCAUUGCUCAUUGUCAAGCCAAAUUGGCAUGAUAAUGAGUGACAAGUAGCUGACAUGAUAGCACAAACAGGCCGGCACUCAGGCUACCUCCCAUCUGCUUGCCAUUGAACCCCCCUCCUUUUCCUUGUAUCUGUUUUGUGACUCUAUCUAUGCUCCUAAACAGGCGGAGGAGCAAGUUCUUUGACUGUGUUCUGUCUGGAGAGUUCAGCUGGACAGACGAGUCUCACAGAGAACUUCUCAGGUCCUUCCAUCUUUAUUACUUAUUUAUUGAACAAAUUGUCAACAAUCUCCUUAUGUGGAGACUUGUUUUGGUUCUAAACAACCCCUGACCCCUUUCUUCACCAGGUCUAUGCUGAUGACAGCAUGUGACUUGGGUGCAGUGACUCGCCCCUGGGAGAUCUCCAAACAGGUGAAACUUUACAAAACUUCUGGCUGUGUCCCAAAUGGCACCCUAAUCCCUUUAUAGUGUACUCGUUUUGACCAGGGCCUAUAGGGUCAUCAUUGACAUCAUUGACAUAACGUUGAAAUCCCCCUGCAGGUUGCGGAGUUGGUGACCAGUGAGUUUUUCGAGCAAGGUGACAGGGAGAGGUCUGAGCUCAAGUUGACUCCAGCGGUAAGCAGUACACAGUACUAUUGUAACACUUCCCUUCAAACUAUACUUCCCUUCACACUACACUUCCCUUCAAACUACACUUCCCUUCAAACCAUACUUCCCUUCAAACUACACUUCCCUUCAAACUACACUUCCCUUCAAACUACACUUCAUUUUAAACUUCACUUCCCUUCCAACUACACCUCCCUUCAAAAUAAACUUCCCUUCAAAGUCAGAUCAUCAACUUUGAUAUUAGUGCUCCAUCCACUACUACCUUGAUUCACUUGUGUCCAAACACCAUCAAUGCAACUUUCGCCUGCACAGCAUUUAGGAAGUAAACUUUUAUAUUUCGUUCUGCUGAUUCUCAGUAUCUUUCUAUCCCCUUUGGGUUCCCAAAAGUUAGCCUUGAUGUGGGGAGUUCUUUCUUUUGAUAUUCAACUGUUGGGAUGAAAUGACUAAAGCUAGUUAAGUGAUUAGGAGUGCCUUUCAUGUGGAGGAAGACGAGAAAGCAAGGAGUGAGGGCGGAGUCUCCUACUCUCUAAGCUCUCGUCGCAGCUCUCGAGGAGCUCUGCUGCGCGCCUCGCUCUCUCUCUCUCUCUCUCUCUACUCGUCCUCGCUCUCUCUCUCGCUCUCUCUCUCUCCUCUCUCUCUCUCUCUCUCCUCUCUCUCUCUCUCUCUCUCUCCUCUCUCUCUCUCUCUCUCUCUCUCAAUCUCCUAUUUCAAUUUCAAGGGCUCUUAUUUGGCAUGGGAAACGUAUGUUAACAUUGCCAAAGCAAGUGAAGUAGAUAGUAAAACAAAAGUGAAAUAAACAAUAAAUAUUAACCAGUGAAACAUUACACUCAGAAGUUUCAAAGAAUAAAGACAUUUCAAAUGUCAUAUUAUGUAUAUAUACAGUGUUGUAACAAUUGUGCAAAUAGUUAAAGUACAAAUGGGAAAAUAAAUAAACAUAACUAUGGGUUUGUAUUUACAAUGGUGUUUGUUCUUCACUGGUUGCCCUUUUUCUGUGGCAACAGGUCACAAAAUCUUGCAGCUGUGAUGGCACACUGUGGUUUUUCACCCAGUAGAUAAGGGAGUUUAUCAAAAUUGGGUUUGUUUUCAAAUUCUUUGUGGAUCGCUGUAAUCUGAGGGAAAUAUGUGUCUCUAAUAUGGUCAUACAUUUGGCAGGAGGUUAGGAAGUGCAGCUCAGUUUCCACCUCAUUUUGUGGGCAGUGUGCACAUAGCCUGUCUUCUCUUGAGAGCCAGGUCUGCCUACGGCGGCCUUUCUCAAUAGCAAGGCUAUGCUCACUGAGUCUGUACAUAGUCAAAGCUUUCCUUAAGUUUGGGUCAGUCACAGUGGUCAGGUAUUCUGCCACUGUGUACUCUCUGUUUAGGGCCAAAUAGCAUUCUAGUUUGCUCUGUUUUUUUGUUUGUUCUUUCCAAUGUGUCAAGUAAUUCUCUUUUUGUUUUCUCAUGAUUUGGUUGGGUCUAAUUGUGUUGUUGUUGUUGUUGUUGUCCUGGGGCUGUGUGGGGUCUGUUUGUGUUUGUGAACAGAGCCCCAGGGCAAGCUUACUUAGGGGACUCUUCUCCAAGUUCAUCUCUCUGUAGGUGAUGGCUUUGUUAUGGAAGGUUUGGGAAUCGCUUCCUUUUAAGUGGUUAUAGAAUUUAACGGCUCUUUUCUGGAUUUUGAUAAUUAGCGGGUAUUGGCCUAAUUCUGCUCUGCAUGCAUUAUUUGGUGUUUUACGUUGUACACGGAGGAUGUUUUUGCAGAAUUCUGCAUGCAGAGUCUCAAUUUGGUGUUUGUCCCAUUUUGUGAAUUCUUGGUUGGUGAGCGGACCCCAGACCUCAGAACCAUAAAGGGCAAUGGGUUCUAUAACUGAUUCAAGUAUUUUUAGCCAGAUCCUAAUUGGUAUGUCAAAUUUUAUGUUCCUUUUGAUGGCAUAGAAGGCCCUUCUUGCCUUGUCUCUCAGAUCGUUCACAGCUUUGUGGAAGUUACCUGUGGCGCUGAUGUUUAGGCCGAGGUAUGUAUAGUUUUUUGUGUGCUCUAGGGCAACGGUGUCUAGAUGGAAUUUGUAUUUGUGGUCCUGGCAACUGGACCUUUUUUGGAACACCAUUAUUUUUGUCUUACUGAGAUUUACUGUCAGGGCCCAGGUCUGACAGAAUCUGUGCAGAAGAUCUAGGUGCUGCUGUAGGCCCUCCUUGGUUGGUGACAGAAGCACCAGAUCAUCAGCAAACAGAAGACAUUUGACUUCAGAUUCUAGUAGGGUGAGGCCGGGUGCUGCAGACUGUUCUAGUGCCCUCGCCAAUUCGUUGAUAUAUAUGUUGAAGAGGGUGGGGCUUAAACUGAAUCCCUGUCUCACCCCACGGCCCUGUGGAAAGAAAUGUGUGUGUUUUUUGCCAAUUUUAACCGCACACUUGUUGUUUGUGUACAUGGAUUUUAUAAUGUCGUAUGUUUUUCCCCCAACCCCACUUUCCAUCAAUUUGUAUAGCAGACCCUCAUGCCAAAUUGAGUCAAAAGCUUUUUUGAAAUCAACAAAGCAUGAGAAGACUUUGCCUUUGUUUUGGUUUGUUUGUUUGUCAAUUAGGGUGUGCAGGGUGAAUACGUGGUCUGUCGUACGGUAAUUUGGUAAAAAGCCAAUUUGACAUUUGCUCAUUACAUUGUUUUCACUGAGGAAAUGAACUAGUCUGCUGUUAAUGAUAAUGCUGAGGAUUUUCCCAAGGUUACUGUUGACGCAUAUCCCACGGUAAUUAUUGGGGAUAUAUAAUUAUUAUCAGUCCUUGGUUCCAAAUAUUGGGGAAGAUGCCAGAGCUAAGGAUGAUGUUAAAGAGUUUAAGUAUAGCUAAUUGAAAUUUGUGGUCUGUAUAUUUUAUCAUUUCAUUGAGGAUACCAUCAACACCACAGGACUUUUUGGGUUGGAGGGUUUGUAUUUUGUCCUGUAGUUCAUUCAAUGUAAUUGGAGAAUCCAGUGGGUUCUGGUAGUCUUUAAUAGUUGAUUCUAAGAUUUGCAUUUGAUCAUGUAUAUUUUUUUGCUGUUUGUUCUCUGUUAUAGGACCAAAAAGAUUGGAGAAGUGGUUUACCCAUACAUCUCCGUUUUGGAUAGAUAGCUCUUCGUGUUGUUGUUUGUUUAGUGUUUUCCAAUUUUCCCAGAAGUGGUUAGAGUCUAUGGAUUCUUCAAUUACAUUGAGCUGAUUUCUGACAUGCUGUUCCUUCUUUUUCCGUAGUGUAUUUCUGUAUUGUUUUAGUGAUUCACCAUAGUGAAGGCGUAGGCUCAGGUUUUCUGGGUCUCUAUGUUUUUGGUUGGAUAGGUUUCUCAAUUUCUUUCUUAGGUUUUUGCAUUCUUCAUCAAACCAUUUAUCACUGUUAUUACUUUUCUUUGGUUUUCUGUUAGAGAUUUUUAGAUUUGAUAGGGAAGCUGAGAGGUCAAAUAUACUGUUUAGGUUUUCUACUGCCAAGUUUACACCUUCACUAUUACAGUGGAACGUUUUGUCCAGGAAGUUGUCUAGAAUGGAUUGAAUUUGUUGUUUCCUAAUUGUUUUUUGGUAGGUUUCAACACUACUUUCCUUCCAUCUAUAGCAUUUCUUAAUAUUAUUCAGUUCCUUUGGCUUUGAUGCCUCAUGAUUGUGUAUUGCUCUGUUCAAGUAGACUGUGAUUUUGCUGUGGUCUGAUAGGGGUGUCAGUGGGCUGACUGUGAACGCUCUGAGAGACUCUGGGUUGAGGUCAGUGAUAAAGUAGUCUACAGUACUACUGCCAAGAGAUGAGCUAUAGGUGUACCUACCAUAGGAGUCCCCUCGAAGCCUACCAUUGACUAUGUACAUACCCAGUGUGCGACAGAGCUGCAGGAGUCGUGACCCGUUUUUGUUGGUUAUGUUGUCGUAGUUGUGCCUAGGGGGGCAUAUGGGGGAGGGAAUGCUGUCACCUCCAGGUAGGUGCUUGUCCCCCUGUGUGCUGAGGGUGUCAGGUUCUUGUCCAGUUCUGGCAUUUAGGUCGCCAUAGACUAGUACAUGUCCCUGGGUCUGGAAAUGAUUGAUUUCCCUCUCCAGGAUGGAGAAACUGUCUUCAUUAAAGUAUGGGGAUUCUAGUGGGGGGAUAUAGGUAGCACACAGGAGGACAUUUUUCUCAGUUGAGAUAAUUUCCUUUUGAAUUUCUAACCAAAUGUAAAAUCUCUCUCUCUCUCUCUCUCUCUCUCCAGGCCAUCUUUGACCGUAAUCGAAAAGACGAGCUGCCCGCCCUACAGUUGGAGUGGAUAGAUGGGAUCUGUCAGCCCCUCUACCAGGUAAGGGACUCACCUGUGCUGUCUGUUACUGAAACACCAAGUUAAAGGAGGACUCCAAUGCAAUAAAAUCUAUGUACAUUCAUUUAGCCUGUACCUGUAUGUUUUCACAGUAUGAUGUCUUCUGAAAUGACUUUAUUUUAUCCCUUUUUCAGUCCUCCUGUAUGAAAUUAGCAUAUGUGUGUAUAUGAUACAGCCCCUUCUAAGUCAGUCUCCCACACUGUCUCCCCUCUAGGCUCUGGUGAAGCUAAACGUGAAGCUGAAGCCUAUGGUUGAUGGGAUAGCAGCCAAUCGCAUUAAGUGGAAGGAGCUGGGCUCGUCCUAUCAGCAGCACACACACAGAACCACAGAGACCAAUCAGAGUCCUGGCUCUGAGUCAAGACCCAACCCAGAGACCAAUCAAAAUUCAGACUCCAGUCAGAAGUCGCAACUAGAGUUUGGGUCAAAUUCAGUAUUUGAUCAGACGUCAGUUCUUACUACAGAGCCUAAUGGUCAUUCAGAGUUUGGGUCAAAUUCAGAAUCUGAUCAGAAGUCAGUUCUUUCUACAGAGUCUAUUGGUCAUCUGGGGUCAGAUGGGAGUAUAUGGUCUGGUCAGCUGUCUCAAGGGCAGGGGGCUGAGGUUUGA